AUGCCUCCACCGCCUCUUCCCCGGAGCGACUCCUUCACUCGAGGCCGUUCCCGUGCAUCCCCUUCCGUCUCUCGGCACAAGAACCGCCUCUCUCUUACCCUUCCCGUUGCCGUACCGCUUGGUGAUGGCCCGAGGCUGGCCGACUCGCCGGCCAUCCUGGCUGCGUCAGCUAUGGCCUCGUCGGUUCCGCAAACGCCAUUGGAGACUCCCGCCAGUAUCGCAACCUCUCCGUCGAAUGCAAACGAGUUCAUAAUAGCAAUUGCAGCCCAGGAGCGGAGAGUGCUGGAGCUGAAGGAGGAACUCGCAACGGCCGAGAUUGAGUUAGCGAGACUAAAGAAGCAAUGGGCAUCGGAAGAAGUCUACCGCAAGCGGAGCAACAGCCACAGAGGCGACCCCUUUGGAAACCCACAGGCCGUUAUUGACGAUGAUGCCUUGGUGGCAUCACGGCGCAGCGUCGAAUUGGAUCGUCGGAAGCACAUUCUUCAGGGCCAAACCACUCCCGCUCAGGCUCGCCGCAAGGUUAUUCGUGGGGGACACGCCCGCACACUAUCUCUUCUCUCCCCCGUACGGACAGAGAGCGUAUUCUCUCUCAAUGAAGUUACACAAGCAGAUCCAGUCGCCCUCCCAUCAGUGGAACAGAGAAUGGCCCAGCUCACCGACCCGACCCUAAACAAGCGUGCAUCCUGGCAGCCCCGGUCCCAGCAGAGCGUCGCAUCAGUUGUCGGCGUCGCAUCCGUCGUCGAAGACUUUAAGCUAGGAUUCCGCGCCUUCGUAGAGGACAUUCGCCAGAUUACCGUGGGAGAUGAACCGGUGACCGGCCAGUCGCAGAGACCAAUGUCGACCUCGAUCGCCAAUGCUCGUGAGCAAGAUACGAGUAAGCCGAACCAUGCCACCACCCACACUAGGACCAGCAGUAAUGAAGGUUCCAGUACGGCCGCGUCGACCACAUCCCAAGCUAACAGAACCCCCGAGCUGAAGCCAAAGACCGGGACUGGGAAAGGGAACAACAAAUUCUCCUGGACACCGCUUGGUUUCGACUCUGUUGACGAUACUGACUGGUCAAACUGGGAUUCCCCCGUCUCCACCAAGUCUGCCCGCUGGAGUGGUUCUACCAUUAAUAGCAGUGGCAUUGAUGACAUUCCCGAGAAGGAGGACGAAGAGGAUGCCAAGCCGGCGAGGAAAGCCGAUGCAUCACUUCUAUCUCCAACGCUUGAAGACCUAUUUCCUAGCGUUGUUCAUCAUCUAUCCCCGAGCAAUCUCAAGAGGACGGCCAACAAUUUGAUGGAUGAAUGGGAAAAGUCACUGGUGGCUCCCGAGUCCCGAAGCAAGGAAACUGCCACCGCAUAG